AUUAGUUUGUCUCAUCAGCUGACUGUCUAAAUCGCUCGUUAAUCACCUGGCGGCGCUGCGCGACACCUCGGCCGUGUUGACGGCAUUUGACGUGUCUCCGUCAACACAACAAUGGCGGACGCCGUGGAGGAAGCUCUUCAGGGCGACUGGGACCAGGAUCUAGCUGAAGCUCUGGACUCUGGCGGCUCAGACAUGGAGAUGGAGCGAGGCAUCAUCCAGGUCCAGGAGCAGUCGGCUCAACACCGGGCCAAGAUGUGGAAGAUCGCUUUAAAUGUCUCUGGAAAAGGAGACAGCCUGUCUCCGUGGGAUGGUGUCCUCGAUUUACCAGAACAGACCCUCAUUCACAACCGCAGUCAACAGCUGAUUGACCAGCUGGAAGUAUCCGAGCAGGAGAGGAGUGACAUGGUGUCCGAUGUUGAGUCGGUCAUCACUUUCUACUGCAAGUCUCGCAACAUCUCCUUCACCCCGGAGCUGAGCUGGCCCCACCUGCUCAAACCUCUACUAGGGCUUCAGCUUCCUCGCAGUGACCUCUACAACUGCUUCUACGCUUUCAUGAACAAAUACAUCCCCAGGGAGUGUGUACCGAAAGGCCGACCCUUCCACCUGUACAGACUACUGCUGCAGUACCACGAGCCGGAGCUCUGCUCCUUCUUGGACACCAAAAAGAUCACACCCGACUCCUACGCCAUCAACUGGAUGGGCAGUCUCUUCUCAAGCCACUGCCUUCCUGAUGUUACCCAGGCUUUGUGGGACUUCUACUUGCAACAGGCUGACCCCUUCCUCAUCUUCUUCCUCAUGCUUAUCAUCCUCGUCAACGCCAAAGAGGGCAUCCUGUCACAAGAGGGAGAAAGCAGAGAGGACAUCAUCAAAACGCUGGAAUCGUCUCCUUCUCUCCUGGAAGCUGAGGACAUAGAGGAUUUGAUUUCUCUGGCCCAGUAUUACCAGAGCAAGACCCCUUUGUCACUCAGAAAGAUGAACCAGAAUCUGUUUGGUAGCAGCCUGGUGGCUCUCAAAGAAGAGGACACUGACCUGAGUCAGGCCCUGUGUCUCCCUGUGUCAGUCCCUGAGAUCCUGCAGGCCAACCAGCUGCAGCAGGUCAGCAACACUGAGGAUGGGGUCCGUUUCUUUGUGGUGGACUGUCGGCCUGCCGAGCAGUACAACUCUGGACACCUGUCUACAGCUUUCCACCUGGACUCCGACCUGAUGCUCCAGAACCCCUCUGAAUUUGCCCUCUCUGUGAAGUCCCUCUUGGAGGCUCAGAAACAGUCUCUAGAGUCCGGCUCCAUCGCCAGCGGAGAGCACCUGUGCUUCAUGGGCAGUGGGCGCGAGGAGGAGGACAUGUACAUGAACAUGGUGCUGGCCCAUUUCCUGCAGAAAAACAAAGAAUAUGUCAGCAUCGCUAAAGGAGGUUUUAUGGCUCUCCAAAAACAUCUGGUCGACAUGAAUGUGGAGGGUCUUGACUCUUCAUACGUCCACUGGAUCGUCAGCACAUCAGGAUCUCACAGCAGCCUCAGCUCUGCUGAUGGAGAAUCACUCAGUAGCCCAGGAGACAGCAAAGGCGUCAAGUCUUUGGUCAACAAAAUGACGUUCGCUCUCAAGUCGAAGUCGGUAAAUGUGAAGGAGAAGAUGAUCAGCUUCAUUGAGAAUACCUCCACCCCUGUAGAAAGAAUGUCUUUCAAUCUGCCCUGGCCAGAGAAGGUGACUCCAGAUCGGCACGUGAGCAGCAGCGACCGUGUUGGCAAACCUUACCGCGGGGUGAAGCCUGUGUUCAGUAUUGGUGAUGAAGAAGAGUAUGAUACAGAUGAGAUCGACAGCUCCUCCAUGUCAGAUGACGACAGGAAGGAGAUUGUCAACAUUCAGACCUGGAUAAACAAACCAGAUGUAAAGCAUCACAUUCCGUGUAAUGAGGUGAAAGAAACCGGUCACAUGUUCCCCAGCCACUUACUGAUCACAGCGACUCACAUGUACUGCCUGCGAGAGAUCGCCUCGAGGAAAGGAUUCGCCUACAUCCAGUCCAGACAAGCUCUGAACUCUGUGGUGAAGAUCACAUCCAAAAAAAAGCACCCAGAACUGAUCACGUUCAAGUUUGGCACUAACAACUCAGCUGGAGUGGAGAUAUCAGCAGUUGAGAGAUAUUUAAUACCCAACGCAGGCGACGCCACUAAGGUCAUUAAGCAGCAGAUCAUGAAAGUCCUCGAUGCUCUGGAGAGCUCGUAAAGGGAGACGACAGGGUCGUGGCGGCAAGCCGUGACACAAACUGUAAGAAGUAUCUCUGUCUGCCAAGAGUGAAACCUCCUCCCGCUCUCCCUCCUGGACAGAUCCGGUGCAGUGUUGACUGUGAAGCCCUGUGUUGUCUGUGUUUGGGACAUGGGGGGGGGGACACUGCUGACUGCAGGCCUGUGGGACAGGCUGUGUGAUGAAAUACUUAGGUGCUCCGCAGUUGUCCAACCAUUCUCUUCUCUAAUUUAAACAAUAUUGGUUAUACUGUAUGUUUUUCUUUAUUAUUGAUAAAAACAGAUCUCAUUACAGUGCAAUUCCACUUUGGCAACCUCCCUCUGGCCUUAACGUAGCUUACUGACCGACCUGUCGAAUCACUACAUGACUGACCUUUUCCUUUGACUUAAUUCUGACCCACUUGUGUUUUGUAGUGAACAUUACCGCGGCUCAGUCAUUUCAUUUUCAGAUGCUUUGGGAGUUGAUUUAAUCCUUGUUCAUUGCUCUGGUGAGGAGGUGAGCACGAGUCAGCCGGCUCAAACAUUAAGACGCACACGAGGCAGGUUUCCUACCGCAACAGCUGUUUUUGAUAACUUUUAUUUUCCAGCAGGCAGCCUUAAAUAGGAAUUAUUUGAGGAUGUUUAUAAACGUGUGAUGUGUAUAUAUUGUGUGAACUGCUCUAUAUCAGCACAGACCUUUGCAAUGUCAUUUUGAGAGCAUAUCCUGAUAGUUAGAAUAUGCAGUGAAACUUUGACUGGCUCCAGGAACCAGCUUCCUUUUUCUUUAUAGAGCAAGAAAUAAGCCUUUUACAGAGUUUUUGGGGAUGAAUUGUUUUCUGCUUUUACGUAUAUUAAUGAAGUGAACCUCAUCUCAUAGCAGUGUGAUGUAGCUCUGAAAAAACAGCGCUCGCAGCCCCUCUGGACUACAUUAGUAUUACAACAGAAGGUCCUGUGAUUGUAGUUGUUAAGAGCCUGAGCACCUCAGUAUUUUCCCAUCCUAUUCAGUAUGUGAGUUAUCUUCCCCCAGUUAAUCAAACAAAAAUGUCCAGUUGGUUAUUUUAGCAUCUGGAAAGGCUAUUACUGUAACUGAAUGCUAACUUCUACAUAUUUAGAAAAGACGGCUGUAACAAGGACUGUGCUUGCACUUUUUAGGCACAGCUUUGAAAGGAAUGAAAAGAUGAUUUGUUAUAAGAAAAGUCAUUAUAUAUAUAAUAUAUAUAUCUGUGUUUUCAAAUCAGUCUGUCUUCUCCAUCGUAUUAGUGGAAACGAAUCAGUUUAAUUUUGCUUGCCACUGUUGCCUUCGGCCUCAUGCCUGUGAUGUGUGAUAUUGGCACCAGCAGUGGCAACAUAUCACAGUAUAUUGCUGCUUUCUCCUCUAAUCUUAAACUCUGUUUCUGACUUCUUCCUCGCUUUGUUCUCGCUUACUCAUUCAUUUGUGUUGAAGUCUAGUUGUGUAGGCAGCCUCAAAAAAGCCUCUGACGUGAUGCAGCACCUUCCUGACCGUUCAGACUGACUGAAUCCAGAGAGGGUUUUAUUUUGUUCCAUCUUUUAAAAUGAAGGGAGAGGACAACUUAAAACAAUAUGGCACAUUUAAGACACGGGCGACAAAAACCAAAACUUGAAUUAAAGACUCAUAAAUCUGGUCUUUCUUCACUCACGGUCUUUGAUAGCAUUCCUGUGUGAUCCAUGCAUUGUGUUGUAAUUUUGUGAUAUUCUUCAGUAUUGACUGAAAUCAUCCUUGAGCGGGAGUCUUGACAUUACUCUGUAACAUCACUGGCAAAGGAUGUCACCACUAGUUGAAAUGCAACAUGUCUCAACUGUAAUUUGCACCUUACUGUACUGCUAUUAUUUUCUAAGCAUUUCUGUUUUUAAUAAAUGGAGAUUAUUUGACUGCA